CCCCCAAUUCCUAUUCAUUCUAUCUCUACCGGUGCACGGCAGAUGGCGCUCAGUGUUUCACAGAAGAUACAGAUGAUAGUCCCGGCCCGGUGGCUGCUGUUUCCCUUGUGAACAGGCGGAUCUGAUUUCCGGCCCAAACAAGAAGCAUCGCUGUGAGCUGAGAGUCCCUCUCGUGCCAUGUGCUUCCCUGGGCGCAGCAUGUUUAGCCCCCGCCAAUGGCUUGUGCAGAGUCCCUAGAACUGAGGAACCUGCCAGCCGGAGAUGGAAACAUUUCAUCCCAUUGGGAGGAAAGCAGAGCAUUUGAGAAUCCAGCCUAUGAGGAGCCUAAAGACUCCAUUUUUGAAGAUGAUUUGGGGCAUUUCCAUCAGUGUAGCCCCAACCCAGAGCUGAGGGGUCAGCUGGGGACAGCUGAAGCAUCGCCUCACUCAGAGGACAGUCAGACCCCUGAGACACCUCCUCAUUCUGUGGAUUAUGGUUUCAUCUGUUCCCUUAUCCUGUUGGUCAGUGGUAUAAUCCUGGUGGCCAUUGCGUACAUGAUCCCGCGAGAGGUACGUGUCAGCCCGGAGUCUGUGAGUGCCCGCGAGAUGGAGAGACUGGAACACUACUAUGCCCAUCUGGGCACCCACCUGGACAAAUGUAUCAUUGCUGGCCUGGGGCUGCUGACUCUUGGUGGCACACUCCUCUCCUUGCUCCUCAUGGUUUCCAUCUGUAAAGGGGAACUCUACCACAGGAAAAAAUUCCCUGCUGCUCGGGGGCCCAGGAAAACCUAUGGCUCCCUAAACCUGCGGAUGAGGCACAUAACAUCAGAUGGGGGGCAAUUACUGGUGGAACAUGAGGUUCUGCACCCAACUGGAAAUGGAGCAUCAAAUUAUCAGGUACCUUAAUACCUGCUGCAAACAGGAGCAGAGGCUACUUAUGAUAGGGCUCCUUAGGGCAACCAACAUGUCAGGCACAUGCUGGAUGCAAGGAGCAUUGUUGCUUUAAUGAGACUUUUUGGAACGGAUAACCAGGGCAUGAGUUGUACUGUAGCCACUGUAACAGCAUCAACCCUUGCACUUCACUCCAUGUCAUCAGCUUUCAGUGCCAUCAGCUGCCUUGGUUCUACAGUGUUAGGGUAAGGGCACACGGGGAGAUUAGUAGCCCCGGCAACUAAUCGCCUCUUCUUCGGGGCGACAAUCUCCCCAAACUGCCUUCCCCUACCUUCCUGCGGGAUGGCACUCG